UAUAGUUUUUUCGGAGAGUUUACAACGGAUUUUCAGUUUCCAUGGUUCACCCGGCAUCAUGAGUCUGUUGAGAAGUGCCCAGCGCCAUCUAUUAUAAGCCCGUAUCAUGCCGUGAAUCCGUCAUCCUCCGGUCGUUUGCGAUCUCGUUUCUAUAUAAACUCGCCACGUAGUCGUAGUUGCUGCACCCGCACGGUUUAAGCCCAACGCUAGACUUACUGGAACUCGAGGGAAAGAUCUAGAUCUAGAUCUAGAUAUAUAUAUCUAUAUCUAUAUCUAUAUACACAGAUACAACGGCUUUUGGCGCCCAGAAUGCCGUCCAUGAACGUUCUCAUGGGGGCAGACCCCGCGAAUGACCCACUCCACCACUUCGAAACUUCCUGGCUAUUCUACCCACUCGUCUUCGGCAUCCUACGCCUGACUAUCUUCUUCUACUGCAUCUUAACCGCCGUCAUUUCAUUCGCGGUGGAGGGCGCUAGCGGCCACGCGAUCGAUGAUGCGCGAUCCUUCAGCUAUUUCACCUCCCUCUCCUUCCUAGGAGUUUUGGUAUACUUCCUCGUUGCCGGCAUCCAUACGGUCCUUUAUGCGCGCCAGGGACGAUCCGUGCUGUUCGACAAGUGGCCCCGAUGGCUGCGUGCCUUGCACAGCCUGCUAUAUACCACCAUUGUGUGCUACCCGUUCGUGGUCGUGGCGAUAUAUUGGUCUCUGCUGUAUAAGGCAGGCUCAGUGCAGUCCCAACUCGGGGUGUGGGGAAAUAUCUCCAAACACGUCCUACCAGCCAUCUUCGCCGUGUUCGAAAUCGUCUUCUCAACAGCACCUCCACCACCCCUCCUUCACUUCCCAUUCCUGAUCCUCCUCCUCCUCCUCUACCUAGGGGUCGCUUACAUCACCCACGCCGCCGAAGGCUUCUGGGUAUAUCCAUUCCUCAAUCCCGGUCCCAACGGCAGCCGUAUAGCCAAUGUGGUAAAAUACCUUUGUAUCGUUGUUGCAGCCCUCCUUAUCACCUUUGCCGUGGUCUGGGGCGCCAGUUGGGUUAGGAGGCGCCUGGUGGGCUUGAAGACGAAGUGGGCGAAGGGGGAUGUUGGGGGUGGUGGGCAGGAUGGUAGGGAUGCUGAGAUGGGCGAAAAUGCCGAGGUGGUUUAUGUUGAGAGGAAGUGAUGGGUGUAAGCUGCGUGUUGAUAGUUGCUUUUUUUCCCUUUUUUCCCCCCCUUUUUUCCCCCUAAUUUAUUGUAUGUAUUUAAGGCGGUACAGAAAUUCUCUGUGGGAGGGAGUACGGGGUAAAUAUGGAUGUAUAUAUGCCUGUAAUAAUUACGUGUAUUUAAUUUUAUAUAUAUAUAUAUAUAUAUAUAUUCUCCGUACGGCCUGUAUGCAAACUCUAUAGUACUGUACAUUAAGAAUAAAGUCGUGAGAGGAAUAUUCGUUAUUCAAAGAGCCACCAACACGGAUUUGCAAAGGAGAAACAAGCAAGUCAUUAUCAAACUUUUGAUAAUGCAUGCCCAGUGGUAUCGGCAACUUUGAAACCCCAGGGCGGAUGGAGAGGGUCCGUGCACUCACUACCACAAGCAUCACAAAUCCACCACCUCGGACCCCAAGACGACAACGCCCUCGAGCAGCCCUUGCACGCAAAAUCGUCACGAUACUGACUGUGCCUAAGUUUGCGUUCCAUCUUGACUUUGCCGCGCUCAUACCGUUGUUCCAGGCACUCAAAGAUGAGAAACGGUUUGCAAGAACUACACACCAGGCGUUCGUUUUCGAUACUAUCGGGACUGAAUCGGCCUCUUGAACCGUGAUAUUUACCUGCGAGUGUAAUUUGCCGAUCACAGCUCCUGCUGUUGAACCGUGGACGGGUGCAGAUCUUUCUGAAGAAGCAGGUGGAACAAUAGGGCUUGCAGGUUUCUUCAUGGAGCAGGUCGAGUUGGGGUCGGGAAAAGCGCCUCACGUCUCCGCAUGACUAGAUUAUGAGAGUGUGUUGUUAGAUAUGCCCAGAUGAAAAUGGUUGUGGGGUGAUAUUGGAAAAAUUGAGUAGCGAUGAGGAGGUACGGGAAAACGGGGCGCGAAAUAAUAGAAGGGCAGGGGAUUUGGGCAUACCCCGCAUAUUGGAAACUGGCAUACAAAGCACCCAGUUUUUGUAGCGUUAUCACAAGCAUAUAUCCUAAGUAUGCCUAGCCUGCCGCUAGAAUGGCCAUCUGGGAAAACCGUCUCGCGCAUUUCCUUUGAUGACAGGCUCAAGUUUACCAGGUCUUGAUAAUGCAAGUGUUGGGCGACAAGGGUCAGUAUGUCAAGAUGUAGAAACCUUGCCAGUGGAGCGCUUUCGCUUUUGGCUUUGGCCUGAACCAUCAUAGGCGCUGGAGGGGGCUGGUAGCGUUUGAAAAAUGGAAACGAUAUAGGGUAUUUCUGUAGCCGGUCCUGAAUGGGUAUAGCGACAAAUUGGCUCAUUUUGUUCAUGUAGCGAGCACUAAAUCGGCAUCGUGAGAGUACGGAAUUGGGCAACAAAUCCAGUGCACUCCAGAAAGCCAGAAAGAGGGUUCCGCCGAAGCUAUAUGCCAUGAAGAAGAUAACUUUAAUUGCGGAAAGGACAAAGGCCUCUUUUCGUUUCCUUUCGGGGGUCAUACGCGA